ACAAAGCAUAAUCAAACAUGUCAAUAAUAACAAAAAUUGUUUGAACACAGGUGUAGCGUAAAUUAAAAAAUAAAUGGAACACAUAGAAGACAGUGGGAUCGACAGCGACCAGAAAUCACAUCAGAAUGGUUACCAACCAGUACAAUCCAAUAUGAAACCUUCAUUCAAAAGCUUGAAAAAAACUUCUGAAUUGCAGAAAAAAAUUGAGCGUCAGAGAGACAUGGCAAGAAGAUCUGUAACUUCUCCAGUUGUUGACCAGCAGCCAAGAAAGUCAAGUUUUGUUUCUCGCUCAAGACUCACUGUGCCAAUAACUAAUAGCAGAGUAACACAAAAGGAUUUAGAUCAGGCUGGCUCCUCAACAGAUCAACAACCCUUGGUAGCUAUUGUGUCAGAUGAAAGUGAGGAAGACGAGUUUGAUGUUCCCCGGCUGCCUAAAGCUGCUCAUAAAGAAAUUACUGAACAGUUGAUCAAAGAUGGAUAUAAUUUAGACCUUGAGCCUGAUGAUGAAGAUCUUGACCUUAUACCACCUCGUCCUUUAAAUGAAAGAUGUUCAUGUUGCAACUCACCCAAAACAUGUACUGUUCAAUAGCAUAUUUUAGGGCUGAUUUGUAAAAUACAAAUGUGGAAUAUUUUAUGAAAUUGUCAUCUGAUAAAUAUGUGUGAUAAAUAAUUUUUAGGGUGUCUUAACUUUCAGUUCUGUUAUUCAAUGUUAACGAAAUUGCAAGUAUUUUUUUUUUUAGCAUUUUCAGUUCUGAUUAGUUUAAAAUUAUUAUAUACUUAUAUUUCUUGAUAUCCCCAUGAUUCUUGUACAUUCCUGUCAUAAUAAUCUAGUCAUUUGGCAAUGCCUUAUAUGCCAUUCAUAAGCAUUUCAUCAAACUUGUUAUGUGGUCCCCCAAUUAAAAAAAUAGCGAAUUAAGUGAAUAUUUUAGCCUCAGGUUAAAAUGAUUCUAGCAGUGGUAUUUUUAAUAUAACUUGUAAGGUUUUUAAUGCAUGUAUUGAAUAAAAAUGUUAGAGGUGGCAGACAACUGAUACAUACUUACUUGUCAAAGACUCUAUUUUACUGUGUGACUAACCAGAAGCUUUAAAAAUUAAGGCAUAAUCUGGUGGUGUUAAUAGUUUAUUUUAUUUCCACAAGGUUAUUUUAUCUCAUAUCUGCAAAUAGAUCUUUCUACUUUAAAAAAUGUAUGUUUGGUAAGUUUUUGUUAUUUGCAUUUUGCAAAAAUUACACUUUUAAAUGGUGAUGGGAUUUGUAAAUAAGUAACCCUAUUUGACUGUUCACUACUCAUGUUUUAAUAUGACAAAAUGAUUUAAAAGCUUUAGGUUUUAGUGCAAUAGUGUGUAUUAAUGUUUAUUUCUUAGGGAAAAAAAUAUGCAUGUUUUACUAAAACAUAUUGUCCGGUGUCAUACAACACGAUUGUUUCACUGUUUUAGUAUAUAU